UGUAGUUUUAAGAAAGUAAUUCAGGUAGGGGACGAGACAAGAUCUUUGCGGUAGCUCUGUCCGGAGCCGCCAACGCUGCCGAAACCGGUACCCCGGAGCGCGAGCCAAUUGUCAGCAGCUAGGCUCGCAUUCCGCGCGCCCGUGCGUCCCGGGAACGCGAGCGGAAGGUGGGGGGAGCUCGUGCCCAGCAGGGAGCGCGGGCUGCAACACAUCUCCAGAAAUAAGGCUGACAGAGGGAGGGAGAGAAAGGAGAAAAAAAAGCCUUGCCCUCUCGGAGCCUCGCUGCAAAUCGCAAAUGAAUUGUCUGAGGCCGGGAUCGGGUGCAAGCGUUGCAGAGAUCAGGACUUUUGACUGUUAUCGUGCAGUCUGCUGUGCUUGAGGAAUCCCAAGGCACAUCUUGCUAUGGCGCAAGGAAAUAAUUAUGGGCAGAAUGCGAGUAACAACGGAACGGCGGACGAAUCGCCCAACAUGCUGGUGUACAGAAAGAUGGAAGAUGUCAUAGCACGAAUGCAAGAGGAGAAAAAUGGGAUUCCAAUUCGCACAGUCAAAAGUUUUUUGUCAAAAAUUCCCAGUGUAUUUUCUGGUGCAGAUAUUGUCCAGUGGCUAUUGAAGAAUCUGAACAUUGAAGAUCAAGGUACAAUUACUGAGAUUCAAACUGUGGAAGCACUGCACCUUGGAACAUUGAUGGCAGCUCAUGGCUAUUUCUUCCCAAUCUCAGACCAUGUCCUGACGUUGAAAGAUGAUGGAACUUUCUACAGAUUCCAGACGCCAUACUUUUGGCCAUCCAACUGUUGGGAGCCAGAAAAUACUGACUAUGCUGUUUAUCUCUGCAAGCGAACAAUGCAAAAUAAAGCCCGGUUGGAGUUGGCAGAUUACGAAGCAGAGAGUUUGGCUCGUCUACAAAGAGCAUUUGCUCGAAAAUGGGAAUUUAUCUUCAUGCAAGCAGAAGCCCAAGCAAAAGUUGAUAAGAAAAGAGAUAAGAUUGAAAGAAAAAUUCUUGAUAGUCAAGAACGAGCAUUCUGGGAUGUACACAGGCCCGUGCCAGGAUGUGUAAAUACUACAGAAGUGGACAUAAAGAAAUCAUCCAGAAUGAGAAAUCCUCACAAAACAAGAAAGUCUGUCUAUGGAUUACAAAAUGAUGUCCGAAGUCACAGUCCUACUCAUGUCCCUGCGCCGGAAGCAAAGCAGCCGACAGUAGAAGAGCUACAUCAGCAGAUAAAAUUCUGGCAAAUGCAGCUAGACAGGCAUCGGUUAAAAAUGUCAAAAGUUGCAGAAAGUCUGAUAGGAUACACAGAGCAGUAUAUGGAAUUUGAUCCAUUUCUCAUAAGCCCUGAACCUUCAAACCCAUGGACGUCUGAUGACAUUUCCUUCUGGGAGCUGGAAGCAAGCAAGGAACCAUACGGACAGAGGGUAAAGCGAUGGGGUUUCUGUAUUGAUGAAGUUCUAAAAGAUCCUGUUGGCCGUGAGCAGUUUCUUAAAUUUGUGGAGUCUGAAUUCAGUUCUGAAAACCUCCGGUUCUGGUUAGCUGUCCUGGACCUGAAGAAAAGGCCCAUUCGUGAGGUGCCGUCUCGUGUUCAAGAAAUCUGGCUGGAGUUUUUAGCCCCAGGAGCCCCCAGUGCCAUAAAUGUAGAUUCCAAAAGCUAUGAUAAGACCACACAAAAUGUGAAGGACCCAGGAAGAUAUGCAUUUGAAGAUGCUCAGGAGCACAUUUACAAACUGAUGAAAAGUGAUUCCUACCCUCGUUUCAUACGUUCCAGUGCCUAUCAGGAGCUGCUCCAGGCUAAAAAAAAGGGAAAAUCACUUACUUCGAAGCGGUUGACAAGCCUGGUGCAGUCUUACUGAUGAGUUCACUCACCCUUCUGCUGAGGAGCAAGUCUGAUCAGUUGUUCAAAGCUAUAACUCACUGUGUAUCCUGAACCCAAAAGACAUUACACCAUUCUUUGCAUGAAUGAGGAUCUGACUUUUGUUUCCUCUGCGUGUGUACAAAGACAUUGCAGAUAUAUUGUAUAAGGAGAGGGUGGGAAGGGAGGGACAAGUGCUCCCCAAAUCUUUUACGUUUACUUCAUCCAGUGCCAUAUCAACCAGUCGAUGUGUGUUGACCUCCACUGAUAAUAAGUUAAUGUUCAUCAUAACAUUAAAACUCCAACUCAGAAUAUGAUUUAUACACCAAACUAACUCAGAAAGUCAUUAAAUGCUUAUGAUUCAUACAGCGAGAUGUUAGAAAGGAUUAUUAUGUACAUAGUACAUACGCUAUUGUCCACAAUCCAACGAUAUGUUGCACCACAAAAUACAAUGAGCACGGAAAGAUUCUAUUACAAGGCUUAUUAGAGUAUCCUUGCUGAAAAUAAUCUGUGCUACAACUUAAGUGUUUUUGUGUCUUAUUUUUAUACAAUUCACUAUUUAUUCCAGAUUUAUUAAAGUUUGUCUUUUUUUGUUUAUUUUUCAUGUUCAUUUAUUUUCCAAAUUUUUUUUUAAGUUAGUUAUUCAUUGUUUUGAUAUUGUUUCAUAAGAUGAGAGCCAUCAUGUUAAUUAAGUCAGCUCGUUUCAUUUCUUAAAAUUUCAAAGUAGUUAUAUGAUAUUGCAAAUGGCUAGUCAAUCUUGCUUGAAGAAUAUUAAGAAAAGCACUUAGCACCAUAGAGAUAUUUUGUAAAUUUUAGGUUUAUUUCUUAAUAACUAGGUAAGUCAAAAUAAAAUAAAUAUAAUGAGUUUAAAGUAGUUCAGAGUUUGUUUAAUAUUUUCUUUGUAAGAAAAUUUAAGUCUGUUGCAGAUAAUGCUGAAAAGCAGGCAUGUAUUUUAAUAACUAAGUUGUGACAAUCACUGAGAAGAGUUCUUGCAGGAAUAUUAGCUUAUCUCAAGGAUCUUACUUUUGCUUUAACAUGUAUUUGCUAAUUCACUCACUAAAAAGAAAGGACAUCUCGGAUCAGCCUGUUGAAAGGGAAAUCCUAUAGGAACGUGAGGGCAACUUUUUUUACACAGCAUGGUCAGUAUAUGAAAAGAGCUGCCAGAGGAAGUGGUAGAGGGAGGUACAAUAUGAUUUAAAAUACAGUUCACCAGGUACAUGGAUAUGAACUGCUUAGACCAGGGGUUCCCAACCUCAUUUAUGCCAUGGACCAAUACCAUUAAUCAAGGGGUCCAUGGACCCCAGGUUGGAAACCCCUGGUUUAGAGGGACAAGGGUCAAAUGCAGGCAAAUGUGGUUCACUUAGAUGGGGGCUCACGGUCAGCAUGGACAAGUUGGGAUGUAGGGCCUGUUUCCAUGCUGUAUGAGAGUGUUUCUAAUGAGCAGAUCUGUUUCACUGAGAGAUUAAAGUACAGCAGCCCCUUUAUAAGUGAUAACUACAAUUCCUAAUAUUUUCAGGACCUUAGUCUUACUGUCCUUCCUCUCCUUUCCUGUCAGCAAUUUGCAAGUCAGGCAUUUUUAUUUUUGAAAACAAAAAAUAAAAAGAAGAUGCAAAAAAUUAUCCAAAUAACUAUAGGCAAAAAACUGUCAGCAGGCACUAAAUUUUGAAAAACCUCCUUUGUCUCCACAGUACUUCAGUCCAGAUUCAUAAGUGAUCAGCAAGGGAGCAAAAUGCCAAUCUGACUAUAAAAUAAGAGGUUCCAAUGUAAGCUACUUUCAGGAAUAAAAUAAACGGUUUCCACCUGGGAGAAAUAUCCAAAUAAACCAGCUGACGAUCCAGUACUAAACAACGAAAGUCAUGGAGGGAUGUAGCCUUGAUUAAAAUGGAUAGGAUGAGGAUAACCUGAAGAAAGAGCCAUGUAACUAUUUGCUGAGGAAGGGACAGCAAUGUGGCAUUCACAUUGAGAUGCCCCACCAGAGGAACAAUAAAGACGAGUACAAGAGCAGGUUAAAUAGUCUUUAAAAAUAAAUUGAUCUGGCAUGAGAGCAAUCAUUGAAGAAGAAAGCCCGCAAGAUGACCAAGGCUUUGUCUAUACCACUGGUGGAAAUAUGACUUCCAUUGCUAAAUGCACUGCAGUUCUUCAGAUCAAUGCAACCUAUUAACUUAACACACUGGAUCUCAGGAUUCACUUAAUAUUCCUAUAUUAUUCUGAAUAAAAACUAUUAUGGAAUAUACUCCUUGAAAUCCUAACAUCUGUGCUCAAUCGCUUGCAGUGAAUGCACAUUGUUCAUCUAAAGUGAUGUUGCAUUGAUAUCAAGGCCGUUUCCUUCCAGAUGUAGAACACUACAUGUAAUUGAAGUCAUAAUACUGCAAAAUGGGGAUAAAUAUUGUCCCACUAUUUGAGACUAUAUUCUCUUGUUUCUGUUAUUUUAUCUCGAUUUAAUCACCUAACUCAUAUUCCCUUCCCUCUGUUGACUCAACCUUUACGCUGAUGACACCAACAACACUUCAAAAUCCCUGUCAGUGGGUUAUAAUCCAUUUUAAAAAGAAUUGGUUUUCUUUCUGUCAGUCAGAGGAUGGAUUAGUGUAAUUGAAAUUAAUCAGAGUUAUGUGUCAAAAUGCAUCAGGGCUUUGCAACUAACCUGAUCAUUUCAAGAAAGUUGAAAACACAAAUAAAGAUUAGUCAUCGUUGGCUGAGUUAGCAUGGGUUAUUUAACUAAUGAUUUCAGGAGCAUUGAUUUAAUAUUAAAAAGGCGGUUAUUGGAGAAAGGUGUUACAAUUUGAAUAGAGAUGGCAAAUAAUGAUACAUUAAUUAUCUUUUCACCUUUGGGACUUCAGCUUGAAUCCAAAAUAUACCAAGCGAUGAUAAAGUUCUUUUCGGCACUUGCUGAAAAUGCAUCACAGGACAUUGCAGGCAAACAUAAUUUUCCAUCUGUUCACUUGAAAGCGAGUAAUGCCAAUGGGCAGCGUGCCCAGAAUAUGCUUACUGUAAGCACAGAAUCGUCAAAUUGCUUCUUAAUGCCUCCACUCUGUACCUUGUCAACCUUGGAUUUAAAAUUAAGUUCAACAGUCAUCAUGGUUUAUCAUGCCAGGGCAAAUGGAAUAUUUUAAAGCAUUUGAUUAUCUCACUGCGAGGAUGGUUGGUAGGAAAAAGUAUUUGCAGCAGGUGAUCUGCAGCUUUUUUAAUGGGACUGUACCUGGUGUGAGAAAGAUUAAUGAUUGCAGCCACAGGUGUACUGACUGUAGGCUGCCCAUGUAGCUAAGAAAAUGGAGUUUGUGGUUUUAUUAGCUGUCAGUAGGACUUAACAACUGAAACAAGGCAAUAAGUGUCUAGUUUUACAGAUUCUGCUGAUAGCCAGCAUCUGGAAGCAUACAGUCAUGCAGAACUCAGAUACCACAGGAAUCAUUUAGAUGUGACCUACUUUCUGACUAAUUUACUUAUUCCUGCAGAAACUCCCUAAUCUCAAAUAUCACUUUUAAUUCAGCAAAAACAUUGUGCAUUUGUCUGCAAUACAUUCCUUGAACAUGAUUUUCAUCUCACUGGUAGGUGUUUAAGCCUGCCUGCUCCAACAAGCUCAAUAAAAUAGCAACCUUAAUGCCAAUCAAUGAAAGCCAGUCUGAUAAUUCUGCCAGUCACUCCUGUUGUUCUAAUUCAACUUCUAUUCUUUCCAACUUGUUGAUUAAAACACCACCUGACAAUAAAUGCAGAGUUCAAAUUAGUUAAAUUUUAAUCUAUCCAGAUUGACUGAAAGCAGUUUUAAUUCAUUUUCAUUAUUUUCAGUUAUUUCUUCUUACCAAGACGGUGAUGUCAGGUGAUUCAGUCCACUGGUGUCUACUUCGGCCAGGGUCAAAGUUCAAAGUAAAUUUAUUACCAUAUACUACCUUGGCAGUAGCUGUCACACUCAUUCUGCACACCAUUCAGUGGUGGAGUGGACUGAGCACGGUUUUCAACUUCAGUAAGAAGAUUUCCAAACAGAGUCAUGCUUUCUGAAAGUACAGUGCAUUACCUAAGUACUAAGGCUUCCACCUCCUCAAACUCAGCAGCAGUUGGCAUGGAAGUGGAUAUAAAGUGUGAAAUAUCCCUGUCAUGUCGAACUAUCAUUGUUUGUUAAUGUACAUAUGUACAUUAGAUUGGUAAAUAGUAGAGUGUCAACUAUUAUUACCCAUUUUGGUGGAUGCAAUCUUGAAUGGAUUUUCUGCUGCUAAGAUCCCACAUUAUAUUUCCUAGAGUCUGAUUUUGACAUCAAAUUCAAUUAGAAGUAAAUUUGUGACUAUAGAGAUAUGUCUUUUCAUUAGGACACUUUGCAUCCACAUUCUUUUUCUUUCUGAAGCAUACUGAUCAUCAGGACUAAUGAUAACAACUGAGUAAAAUAUUUAAGCCAAGUUGUUUUACGGUUGCUCACAAUUGUUUAAUGUUUACGUAAAACACAACUUUCUUAUGAACUGUGUCACAGACUAUACUUGUAGAAGUAGGGGUGUUCGUCAUUAAGGCAUCUUACAAGAAAUGUAAAGUAUAAUUAACUCAGAACUAUAAUUAAAUCUUCACUGAUUGAACAUAUAUGGAGAGCCUGAACAAUUUUCAUAUCUUACAAAUUCUUUAGGAAUUGUGAUUACUCUUUAUAGAAUGAUAAUAAAAUGUAGAAACUUAUUGUCUCUGUGGUUGUAGUGGAUUAAGAUAAAAAUUUCCAAGCAAAUGGGUUGUAAAAAGUCACCUGUUCUUUUGCCUACAGUAGGUUUGCAAGCAUUCAUGUAUCAUUUUGGAAACUUUUGUACACCUAGAUCCUACUAUUUAUCCAAACAUCCCUUCAGUUUAAUGCAAUCUUUGUAGUUCUAUGUACAGCAAUGGUACUGUAGCAAUCUUAUCUAUGCAGACUCUGUUUCACGCAAUGCAAGUUCACAGCUUCACAUAAUUCAGUUAAGUGAACAACAGCAAAUGCAUUUAUGUGCAGCCAUUUUGGGUCAUUAUGAGGCUUUAAGGUUGGUAAAAAGACCACAAAGCCCCUGAAACAAACAAUGUUGUCACUCUCAUUAUCAAUCUGUCUGGCCUCAUUCAGACUGCUGUGUUACAGAUGUGCCAUGUGUUGAGAUUUUCAAGUAAAUCUAAAUGUGUUCUUCUUUCAGUUUCCAGGAAUAACUGACAGCACUGUCAGCACUCCAAUAAUUGUACUUUUGAACUCUGUGUUCGAGUAGCCAGUGAGUGGAUAGGGUAAAAUUUCCCUUGUAGUGAAAAAAUCUGUGAAUACCUGUUUACUGCAAUAAUUAACUGUACAGCAUUAGAAUGUGCAAAUUCCAAGACAGUGAUUGUUAUGGCAUUAGUUAGAAGAUUUUUCGUGUUUGUGUAAAGUAAACAAAAAUGUUUUAGUCCCAUUGGUCUACACUUGCACUCUCUAAAUUGUUUUAAACUCCGAUCAAUUGUGACUACAUAUGUACCUGAUUAUUAUACACAUUUCCUUCCUGAUUAACUUAUAGCAGUAUAGAUUGAUAACCAUAUUCUUUAUACUUGAAUGAUAAGAGUUUUGAAGUAUAUGCAUAUUAUACUACUCAGUUGUAUUUAAAAAUAAUCCAUUGGUUAUCACAGACCUGGUGCUUAUCUCCAAAAACUUAAAAUGAUUGUGAAGAUUAAACAAUGUUAAUCUACUUGGUCAUUUUAAAUAUUGACAACUGUCAAGAAAUUUUCUUUAUUAUAAUAACAAAAUUCACGACUGUCACAUAGUAAAAAAUUAUUGCUUUCACUUGCCAAAAAAACUCCCAUUAAGGUAUCCAGUUUUAAAAUAUGAAAUAGAGCUCAUCGAUUUAUAAAAGUGUUUAUUCCGAAUAUUCUUUG